UUCUGGAUAGAGCAGAUAUGUGGACGUUAUUGCUCCUUUGUAUGCUGGGAGUUAGUAAUGCACUUGGUCCCGCAGAGUUUACACUAUCACCAUCAGGUCAAAUGAAAGUGAAAAUUCCUGCGGAUGGUUAUUCAAGAGUUGCUAUACAUUACAACGUAAAUCAGGAUUUGCCAGGUGUUACAGGGUCAAGAUUUGGACACGAUUUAGUCACAAAGAAUGGUGGUUUCUUUGAAUGGCAAAGUACCACUCAGGCUAAAGAAGGAGAUACGAUACACUAUUGGUUAUGGGGAGAGAAGAAUGGACGAGGGGAGACACAAACAGAUUUAAGCGCCACCAUAAUAUCUGAUCACACAACUACUCAACGACCUACUACAACUACACCAAAACCUACCACUCCUCAACCGAUUGUCACAAAUAAACCAGUUGGAACGCCUUCUCCAACCCAAAGUGGUAGCGGUGGUGUAAGUUCUAAUAGCGACCACAAAACAGCUGGAUUAUCAACAGGGGUGACAUCUUCCGUUGGAACAUCCGGAAGUUUACACAAAGGAAGUCAAAACGGAAGUUCUGGAGGUGCCGUCGGAGGUGGUAUGUCUGGAUCUGGUUUCGUCGUUGGUGGAUCACAAUAUCAUGGUCCUAGUAGAGGUAAUACAGUUAAUUGCCAAUCGUAUCCAUGUUUGAUAUUUGAGGACGAUUUCAACACUUUGGAUUUCUCUACAUGGGAGCAUGAGAUUACAGCGAGCGGUGGUGGUAACUGGGAAUUUCAAUACUACACCAACAACAGAUCCAACAGUUAUGUAAAAGAUGGGACACUGUUUAUCAAACCGACACUAACAUCAGACCAUUAUGGAGAAAAAUUUCUCACAAGUGGUAGCUUGGAACUGUGGGGUGGUUCUAGUGGCGAUAUGUGUACAAGCAAUAUGUGGUGGGGCUGUAAAAGAGACGGAACAGCAGACCAUCCAAUAAACCCAAUACAAUCUGCCAGAUUACGAAGUACCAGGGGUUUCACAAUGAAAUAUGGAAAAGUUGAAGUCGAGGCUAAAAUACCUACAGGAGAUUGGAUAUGGCCAGCUAUAUGGAUGUUACCAGUAUGGAAUGCUUAUGGUCAGUGGCCUGCCUCCGGAGAAAUUGACAUUGUGGAAUCUAGAGGUAAUAUCAAUUACCAUGAUGAUAAGGGCGUCAGCCAGGGUCACGAUUCUGUCGGUAGUACACUUCACUUCGGUCCAGGAUUUCCAUUCGAUCCGUAUGAAAAAGCACAUGGAGAAAAGCACUUGACAACUGGAACCUUUUCAGACAGCUUCCAUAAGUUUGCAGUUGAAUGGGAUGAAACAAUGAUUAGAUUUACAAUUGAUGGGGAAGAAAUUUUAAAAACUGUUCCUCCACAAGGUGGAUUCUGGGAGUUAGGCGAAUUUGAUAAGAACCAACCAGGAAUGACAAAUCCAUGGCGUGGAGCUUCAAAAAUGGCACCGUUUGACCAAGAGUUCUAUUUGAUUAUGAACGUGGCUGUUGGUGGGGUUGGUUAUUUCCCUGACACAUGGAGAAACACACCUAAUGCCAAACCGUGGAGUGAUAAAUCUGAUUUCACGACCAGAGAUUUCUACCGAGCCAAAAAUCAAUGGUAUCCAACAUGGAAUCCUGACAAAAAUGAAGGGGAAGAUGCUGCACUUAAAGUGAAUUAUGUCAAAGUGUGGAAAAUGAAACCAUGAACUUGAUUAUUUUUUUUUAUAAUAAAAUGUUUUUCUGUG